AAUUUGACGCAGUUUCCUUUCAUUUACUUAUCGUGAUGUGGGUAGUGUCGCAUAUGCUCAGUGACAGCUUCAAUGAGAGACGGCAUUGGACGAGCGAUUACAUAGGUUCGUUCAGUAUUUCUCUCUAGCCGCAGCAUAACAUCAUGGCGGACGCGUCAAAAGCUCACAAGUUGAAAUUGGCCAAUUCAAGAAAAAGGUUCAAAGAAUUACAAGAGCUCAAAAAGAAAAAAGAUGCUAACAGCACUUCUGAUUCACCUGUGGAUCUGGUACAAGAUCAAACACCUGUUGAUAGCUCAACAAUAUCAGCUCGCAGUUUCGCCGAAACAAUACCUGAAACUGGCAAUACAUGCAUUCAGUUACCAAAUUAUUUUACUGACGUAAAUAACUGUGAUAAUUCCGUGUUUUUUGAUAAUUUACAACAAGAUGUCGGUGUUAGAGAAAGUGCGGACGCUGAACGCACAAAACCUGAUGAAAAACCACAUGAAUUGGAAAUCGAAGCUAAUUUUAAUGAUAAUUAUAAACUAUUCAAUCAGCUUAACCCGCACAGCUAUGUAAAAGAGACUCAACAAAUCAUUAGACCUCAUGCAGAUUCUAAUGUUGAUUCAAACGACCAAUUUAUGCAUUAUGCAGAUAAUAAAAACGAGUUUUCCACAGACAAACAAAAUAUCUGUGAUUACUUCCAAGAACAGUCUCAGCAAGUAACUGACGCUGAGAACGAAGCCAUUAAAAAUGAAAUUAUAGAAAAUUCUAGUAUAGCUAUCGAAGGAGUAUUAAAUUCUAACGUACAUAGUUUAUUAAAUUUAUCUGACCACAUGGCUAUGGAAUCAUACGAUAAUUCCAAUUCAAUUACCGAUUUGGAAAAAAGGAACAUAGAAUUAGCGACUUCUUUAGAACAAGAAAAAGCUCUAUCGGAGCAAUACAAAUUUAAAAUAAAUGAAUUGAAUUUAAAAGUUGAGGAACUAGAGAAUGAACGUUUAAAAAAAUCUGAUUUAACUGAAUUUAAUAAGUUGAAAGAAGAGUUACAAUGUCAUACUCAAACUAUACGGUUGCUGGUUGCCGAAAAAGCAGAAUUAUCAAAUAGUUUAGCACAAUUGGAAAUCAGUUUCAAAAACAAGGAUUGUGAAUGCAGUGAACUCCAAGCGAGACUUAAAGCCUCUAGAUCGAGAGCGUUUGAAUUUGAACAAGAAUUAAAUAGCUUAAAAUCCGAGAAACUACAUAAAGAAAAUAACGGACACGAUCAAGAUCAAAUAAUAAGAGAUUUACAAAAAAAAUUGACCGAUUUACAAUCCGAAAAAGACGAACUAGCACAAGAUCUUCUCGAGGUCCAAGAAAAAUUCAAGAAAGCCACCGAGGAGUUGAUAAAUUGCCAGAAAUCAAAUUCAGAACUAUUUAGUAAAUUAUCUUUAGCUGAUGUUAAAAUUCAACAACUUUCCAAUGCUGAUAAUCUAAAUACGGGCGCUAUGGUCGAGAACCUCACUCAAGAAAAAAAUAAUUUGGAAAAAGAAGUGGCCACUUUGAACAGUAUGUUGACGAAUGUUACAAAAGAGCGAAAUGAAACCACCACAUACUAUCAACACUACACAGAGGAACUCAAUAAUCAACUUUUAACCCUCCAAGAACAAUAUCAACAGUUACAACAAGAAAAUGAAAAUCUAUCCGUACAAGAACAGAACAGAAUUCGCCAUAUAAGUGAUUUAGAACGACAAUUACAAGUUAUACAAGACGAACGGAUUACAUUUCCUCCAAGUAAUUUAACAGAUUCAAAUUUGAAAACUGAAUUGGAGGCUACAAGGGAGUUGUGUGUACAACUUCAGAUGGAAAAAACUGAAUUGGAAGAAAACUACACCAAAAAUUUAAAUGAAAAUGAUAUGCUUCUAAAAGAAUUGGCUGCUAAAAACGAUUCUUUGAAUCAAUUAGAAAGUAUGGUCGAACAAUUAAGGGGCAAUCAACCGGAUAGCGUUAAACUGUUGGCAACAAUGGAAAGCGAUAAAGUAGCUGCCGCCAGGGCCGUACAACAAAACAAAGAACUGAAAGAACAAUUGGAAAGUUUAACCGAAGUAUUUGCUAAAAUGGACAAUGACAAAGUGGAAUUAACAGAAAAACUUGGUACCGAGCAAUCGAGCAACAAAGAUUUGCUAGAAAAAUUACAAAAAACCGAAUUGCAGUUACAAAGAUUAACGGAUGCUAUAGAAAUCAAAGAUCGCGAAUUGUUCCAUUUACGAGAAACCGCUUUGGAAAUGAAUAAGCAAACUUUACAGCACGAACAGCUAACGGAUAGGCUAAGACAUUAUGAAGCUCAAGACAAUGCCUCUCAUUAUAUUCAAAAUGAGCUCCAAGAAGCUAAAAAGACAAUAACGAGGCUUACAAACGAAUUAAACGAUAGGAAAAAUCGAGAUUGUGAUAUACAUGAAGAAAUAACAAAUAGUGAUGAAGUUAGCACUUUAAGAAAGCAACUAGAAGAAUUGAAAAUAAGAAAUCGGGAAUUGGAAGAUAAAAACGAUAUCGUUGACAAUAACAACGAUUGCGCGUUGAAUAAUGAACAUAUUAGAAAAGAAGAAGCUAUGAAACGUUUAGAAGAUAAGGUGAAAAGGACGAUGCAAGAUAUCGCCGAUUUGACUGAAGAAAAACAAAGAUUGGAACAUUUAGUUUUACAAUUACAAGGUGAAACUGAAACUAUAGGAGAAUAUGUUGCGUUAUAUCAACACCAAAGGAUGAUACUUAAACAAAAAGCUUUAGAAAAAGAUCAACAGUUGAAGCAGCUCGCAUCCGACAGGGAACAAAUAAAAUUGAAGCUUGAAAAAUUGAAUAGACUAGUACAACAGUUGUUAGACGAACGAGGCGAUUCGAAUAUUUUAAAAGAAUACAAAAAACUCGAAGAAAUCGUCGAUAGGAAAGAAAGUGAAGAAAACGUUACAGCAGCUAAAGAAAUUCUCACGUUAUUGUCCGAAAUAAAAAGCAGCAAUUUAGUUGAACCUAAAGAAGCAACUCAUCAUUGUCCUUAUUGUUCGGGACAGUUGAUUACGGUGUAGACAAUCAUUUACGAAAUUUGGGUAUAUAUACUUUUUCAAAAUUUUCCAAAACUAUUCGGCGUAUCGAAGAUAUUUAUUUAAUAGAUCUGUAGAUAUAAUAUUGAUUGUAAAAUUGCUCCAAAGUUGCUUAAAUAUCGAAAAACGAUAUUCCAAUUUUUGGUAUUUGAUUUACUUGUUUGAUAAUACUAAUUUGAUCGUAACCAAAGUCGAAUAACGUUUUUCGAGCGCAACUUUGAAGUAAUUAUUUUCAUUUUUAACAUAAUUUCAUUACAUUCACGUUCAAGUGAAUAAAUUCACCACUUUUACUCAUUCUUUCGUUAAUAUUGGCGUUUUUUUAAAUUUUAUUUUAGUAUAAACUAUCGUGGUAUUAGUGUACCGGUAAAAAUGUGAUUUUUGUAUAUAAAUAAAACUUUCUAUAUAGAAAUGAUUCUUUUUAACA